CCCUAGAAGGAUUGGCAAGACGAAUACUCAGGAUCCUUGAAUGAGGGCCGUCUUUAUUCAUUCACAACCAGAGCGGUUGUUGAGACUUGGAAAUUGAUAUGCAUGCUUCGGGCCAAUCACCCCAGAAGGGUGUAGUCUCUGGCGACCAAGCGGGGUUAUGCAUGGCCUCCCGCCUCGGGGGCUCCGCAUGUGAUGCCGAAUGGGAAGUCCCCUGAGUUUCCCUGUUCUCCAGACGUCGAAAGAGGUGGAUCCAAUAUUUGAAGCCUGCGACUCCCUCUCUUCACCACUUCCCUGAGCCCUCACCAGCCUUCAAUCGUUUUCCAACCCAUCGGCCGUUACGACACUCGCCCUUCCAAGUCUUCAUCACUCGCUAGUCGAUCUACGCGCACCUAAUUGCCAACAUGAAGUCCUUCACUGCUGUCGCUACCCUCGCCCUGGCCGCCGUUGCCUCGGCCCAGCUUGAGAACAUCCCUUCCUGCGCUUUGAGCUGCUUCCUUGGUCCACUUGGCUCCAGCGGCUGCGCUGAGCUUGCCGAUUUCAAGUGCCAGUGCAGCAAGGCCGACACUCUCUUCGCCUCCGUCACUCCUUGCGUCGAGAAGGCUUGCAGCGCUUCUGAUAGGGACGCUACCAUUGCCGCCGUCGAGAACACCUGCGCUCAGGCCGGUGUCCCCGUUCAGGUUCCGGAGCCUGGAAAGCCCUCUGAGAGCGCUGCUCCCUCGUCCGCUCCGCCUGCCAGCUCUCAGCCUCCUGCCUACCAGACUUCGGAGGCUCCUGCUUCCAGCUCCGAGGCUCCCGCCUCCUCAACCCCGGCUGUGUCCUCCUCCACUGUCGUUCCCACCCCCUCUGGCAAUGCCACUAUUCCCUCUGGCACUCCUCCGCCUCAGUUCACCGGUGCCGCUCCCCAUGCUACCCAGGCUGCCGGCCUUCUCGGCGCCGCUGCCCUUGCUAUCCUUGCUCUGUAAUCGCUCCGUCUCCAUUGCUAUGAAGGGAGCCAGUCAU